CGCUGGGAUAGUCGAAACAGUUCACAGGACGAAUCGAGAGAUUUACUAAUGUUUUUAAUCUAUAUUUCUAAUUCGCUGGGUUUUAUUUUCAUUAAAGCGUCCUAAAGGCGAUAAAAAUGUCCAGAAUUAUACUUUUUUUCCGAGUGACGUCACGCUGUGUACGUGCACACUACUGAAGCGCGUUCUCGUUGUGUCUCGUGAAUGGCGUUAUGUCGAGUGCUGCUCAGUUUUCCCUGAUCCGUUUAAGAUGCCCACUCAAACCGAGUGCCACGUUUUCCACGAGAACACCACAGGUGCCGGUGAGUCGUGUCAGCACUGUGGAGCCGAGCGAGCCGUCAAACAAACACUGGAGAAUCAUAAAGAACAAAGGGCCCAAGAAAAAAACAGCGGCAUCAACAAAUUAUACGAUGCAACAAAUCUACUGCUCCACAAGUGGAAUCUUUUAGAGCGGCAUCCAGUCCUCCUCCUGGGCGAAAGAACCACGGACAGUUUUCAAGCAGAAGUCUUCUGUCCGUGGGAAACGGAUGCAGGAGACGCGAAAGACGCCUUGGAUACUUUAAAGAUGAUUUAUGAAAGUGUCCUCAAUGAGCUUCCACAGCAGCAUGUCUGUAAAGAGGAGGAGGUUCUCACAGAGCAGCAGCUCUGGAACCAGGAGAGGAACUCCAGUCUGGACCAAGAGGAACCAGAGUCAGGACAGAUUAAAGAGGAGUGGGAGGAAAUCUGCACCAGUCAUGAGGGAGAACAGCUUGAAGUCAAGCACGAGGCUGAUACAUUCAUGUUGACUCCUGAUAAUGAGGAUAGUGACCACAUGGAACCAGUAGCUGAGAGUCAAGAUCACACAGGAAGUGACCAUGUGGAGAAAAACAUCACUGAACAUGAGGAAGAUGUGGAUUUUCAGCACAGACUGUUCAAUAUAAAGUGGAGCCCUUUAUUAAAGUUACACAGGACAGUAUCGGCUCAGCUCGCUUGGAUCCUCGUCAGAGCAGAGCUUCCACAGCAGCAUGUCUGUAAAGAAGAGGAGGUUCUCACUGAGAAGCAGCUCUGGAACCAGGAGAGGAACUCCAGUCUGGACCAAGAGGAACCAGAGUCGCUUAAAGAGGAGCAGGAGGAAAUCUGCACCAGUCAUGUGGGAGAACAGCUAGAACUAAAGCAGGAGGCUGAUAUAAUAAUUUUGACUCUGGAUAAUGUGGGAAGUGAUCGCAUGGAACCAGAACCAGACAGUGACCAACCGCUCCUCUCCCACAGCUCUCCUGUAGCUGAGAGGCAAGAUCACACAGGAAGUAACCACGUCGACUCUGUGUCGAAGCCACAUAAGACACGUCACAAAAGGAAAAGUCGCGGCAAUAAAGUGGACAACGUGUCAAAGAUUGAGACUGAAACUCAAACGGUUAAAAAGUCCUUUAAAUGUGACACUUGUGGGAAAAAAUAUGCACAUAAGUGUGCAUUAAAUUUACACCAGAAAGUCCACACAGAAAAGAAAGAAUUUUCUUGCAACACAUGUGGCAAAUGCUAUACAAACAAAGGUGUUUUGUUGAUUCACACGAGGACUCACACCGGCGAGAAACCCUACUCGUGUGAAACAUGUGGAAAGACUUUCAGGCAAAAUUCGCAUUUAAUAGCCCACAAAAUAACUCACACGGGCGACAAGUCAUACGCGUGUGAAACAUGCGGAAAGUGUUUUGGAGAAAAACAGACUUUGAUCGUCCACAAAAGAACUCACACUGGCGAGAAGCCGCACAUCUGCAACAUUUGCAAGAGUGGCUUUGCACGCAAAGAUGCCUUGAUGGUCCACACGAGAACUCACACCGGCGAGAAGCCGUACUCCUGUGAAACGUGUGGAAAGAAUUUCCAACGGAGGUGGCAUUUAAAAACCCACGAAACGACUCACACGGGGGAGAAGCCUUACAUCUGCAACAUUUGUAACACUGACUUUGGGCGCAAGCAUACGCUAAUGAUCCACAUGAGAACGCACACGGGCGAGAAACCGUAUUCCUGUGAAACCUGCGGGAAGUGUUUUCGACAUCAGCCCACUCUGAUAAUGCACAAGAAAACUCACACGGGCGAGAAGCCGCAUUGCUGUGAAACGUGUGGAAAGUGUUUUCAGCAUCAGCCGAAUUUGAUAAUGCACCAAAAGACUCACACGGACGAGAAACCUCAUUCCUGCGAAACGUGUGGGAAGUGUUUUCGACAGAAAUCGCACCUGAAACUCCACAAAAGAACUCACACGGGCGAGAAGCCACAUUCCUGUGAAACAUGCGGGAAGUGUUUUGGGCAACGGACGACUUUGGUGAAGCACAACAGAACUCACACGGGUGAAAAGCCGUACGUUUGCAGCAUCUGUAAGAAUUGCUUUGGGUAUAAACGAACCUUAAAGGUCCACAUGAGAACUCACGCAGGCGAGAAGCCAUGAGCCAACUCAUGUGGUGACGGGUCAACUUCUUAAAAAAGCGUUUGUGUAUCUCACCUUUUGCAACUCAUGAAAAGCUUUAUACGUGUAACACCUCAGGGUAAACACUAAAGCUGCCAGCUCUUAUACACGGAACGCCAAGGAGAAGAAGUGGGUUUUUAGCUGAGGUUUAAAAAAAAAGUGUAAUAGUAAUUACUUGUUCCACAAUUUAGCACUUUCAAAGGCUCCGUCUCCCUAGUGAUUUGAGCUCGACCUAGGUACUACAAUAAAAGAUCUUUCUGCAGACCUCGGUGAUUGGGACGGUAAGGAUUUAAAAGAUCACUGAGGUAAGUAUUUAAAUCAAUGUUAAGUAUAUAUGGCUUAUUUCUUGUAGUGCUGUUUUUGCAGUGAGUGCAAAGCGUCUUAGCGAAAAUCUUUGCGUCAGCGGCUAUUUUAUCUACAAAGUUUUGGAUUUAUCAUAAUUAAUUUAUAUCAGAUGUCGUGUAUGAACAAUUUCACUCACCUUCUAGAAUGUAUUUUAGAGAAAAAUUCAAUCACAAAUAUUAUCUCGAUGUUUCAGAUGAACUGUCAUGUAUGUAUAUUUCCGAAAAAUCCACAGAUGCUCCAACUGUCUGAAAAGCACUUACCUUUAACGAUGAGGAAAUACUGAGCAGCACCAAAAAAAUUAAAUCCAUGCUUCUCC